GUUCCGUCCGUCGACCUUUCGCCGCGCCUCCCAAAAUCUUCUCCUUUAACCCCCACCAACCCCCCCACCCCGGGUGAUUUGAAUCGUUCUGCCGAAGCGACUCAUCCAAGAUCGAAGGCUUCGAAGAAUUAGACGGCGAAGGGAAUCUUUUUAUUUCGGGUUCUUGUGUGGACGCAUUGGUCGGGGGAUUUCUUGGUGGAGUUGGGUCGGAGAGAUUCUAAGGGGGUCGGUGUCUUCUUUGAUGGGCCAAGAACAACUCUGGUUUGGUGGGAUUUAAUAGCCGCCUGGACAGAGUCGGCGAGAGGUCUGCCGCCGGGUUGGAGUGGGAUCAUGCGGUGAAACGGGGGACAUUUUGGCCAGUUAUUCUUUUUUUCUUGGCCCUUUGCAAUUGGAUUAGGGUUUCGGGAGGACUGGGAGAAAGGGGUGGCUUAAGGCACUUUGAACAGGCAGAUGGUAGAUGUAAUUUUCUUCAACAGAAAGCAGCAUGAAUGGUAAGAAAUGAGUAAAGAGACAAGGAAUUUUCUCAUCUUCUAAGGAACACAAUGAAGUGUUUGUGUUCGGAUGAUCAAUUGCGAGUAGAUGAAAUGGUUCAAUCGUCUGGGUCCCUGGCCACCAAGGACUGCUUGCCUGGCCAUUAUUCAUGUCGAAAUGGUGAGGUUGAGCGGAGGGUUGACACUGUAAACAUUGAAGAAGCUGAAUCAUCUCUCCGUGAAAGUCUUUGCUUAAAUGAUGAGGAAGCAAGAGCCUUGCUUGGAAGGAUAGAAUAUCAGAGAGGAAAUGUAGAAGCUGCACUUCAUGUUUUUGAUGGAAUAGAUCUUUCUUCAGUAGCUCCUAAGAUCAAAGCUGCUAUUGCUGAAAGAAUGGAACGCCCCAAGUGUCACUCAAAAUGGGAUGCACGACCAAUGUCCAUACAUGCAAUAAGCUUACUUGUUGAAGCAGUAUAUCUGAAAGCAAGAGCUCUACAAGAUCUUGGAAGGUUUAAAGAAGCUGCUCAAUCAUGCAGCAUUUUUCUGAACUCUAUAGAGUCUGCGUUACAUGAUGGCUUGCCAGGGAACUUUAUUACUGAUAAUAAAUUACAGGAGAUAGUGUGCAAGGCAGUUGAGUUGCUUCCGGAGCUAUGGAAACUGGCUGGAUUUCCUCAUGAAGCCAUCUCAACUUACCGAAGGGCCCUACUUGGACACUGGAAUCUUGAUGAUGUUACCAUGGCAAAGAUACAAAAAGAAUUUGCUAUCUUUCUUCUUUAUGGAGGCUGUGAUGCUAGCCCUCCAAACCUUCACUCUCAAAUGGAUGGUGCAUUUAUACCUAGGAACAACAUGGAAGAGGCAGUUCUUCUGUUAAUAAUUCUUUUGCGGAAAGUUUCUCUUAGGAGAAUUGAGUGGGAUUCAUCUAUCAUCGAUCAUCUGUCUUUUGCACUAUCUAUAUGUGGGCAGCUUAGUUCUCUGGCCGGUCAGGUAGAAGGGUUAUUACCUGGUGUCCUAGGUAUGAAAGAACAAUACUAUACCUUAGCCUUAUGUUACUUAGGAGAAAAUGAUGACCUUACGGCUCUGAAUUUGCUGAGAAAGCUACUGAAUGCUACGGAUCCAGAUUGUGUAAAAGCAUUGAUACUUGCUGCUAAAGUUUGUGGUGAGAAUACUUCUUGUGCAGAGGAAGGUGUUUCCUUUGCACGCAGGGCACUCACCAACUUGCAUGGUUGCUGUGAUCAAAUUGAAAGUGUAACUAAUUGUUUACUUGGUAUCUCACUUUCAGCUCAGGCUAGAUCUUCUUCCUCUGAUUCAGAAAGAGUUUCAAGGCACUCUAAGGCACUUGAGGUGCUUGAAAAAACUGAAAGAACGAUCCAUGGAAAAGACUGUAAAACCAUAUUCAAUCUCAGCUUAGAACAUGCUGAACAAAGAAAGUUGGAUGCAGCACUUCGUUAUGCCAAACAGCUUCUGAAACUAGAAGCUGGCUCAAAUGUAGAUGCGUGGAUCCUUUUGGCACGAAUAUUAACUGCCCAGAAGCGGUUUGUUGAUGCUGAGACCAUUAUCAAUGCUGGUUUGGAGCAAACAGGAAAGUGGGACCAGGGAGAACUACUGCAAACUAAAGCUAAAAUUCAGAUUGCAAAGGGACAACUGAAGAAUGCUAUUGAGACAUAUACUCAUCUUCUUGCCAUAAUUCAGUUGAGGACUAAGAGUUUUAAUUAUGGACUAAUGUCAUUGAAGGGUGGAAAAAGUGAUAGAAGUUUGGAAAUCCAGACGUGGCAUGAUCUGGCUAAUGUCUACAUAAGCAUGUCACUGUGGAGGGAGGCUGAAAUUUGCCUAUCUAAUUUGAAGGCUAUUUGUCCUUAUUCUGCUUUAAGAUGGCACGCUACUGGACAGCUAUAUGAAGCAAAAGGUCUCCUUCAAGAAGCUCUAGGGGCAUAUGCUAAAGCAUUGGAUAUAGAGCCAGCCCAUGUCCCAAGCUUGGUCUCAAGAGCAAUUGUUCUUAGACAUCUUGGUGAUUGGUCAUUGGAUGUCAUUAGGAGCUUAUUGACUGAUGCACUUCGGCUGGACCGGACUAACCAUAUUGCUUGGUUUAAUCUAGGUUUAAUUUAUAAAGCUGAAGGUGCCAGAUCAGCACUUGAGGCUGCGGAGUGUUUUCAGACUGCUGCUUUUCUUAAAGAGACUGCACCGGUUGAACCCUUCAGAUGAGGUUUUUUGGAGUAAUCAACUCUGUGAGCUAUUUUAUAAACCUUCAUGGUUAUGUUUGUUUUCUGCAGUAUAUAGGAUAUGCCGUCUGUAUUGUAGUUUACUGAAAAUUGCAGCUUAUAAGAUCAUUCAGAGUAUUACUUGAAUCAAGAACCCAGCCUUCAUAGUUCAUAGAUGGUAAAUAAACAGAACGAGAUUUCCUUAUUGCAAUUAAUCUUAAAUAGCAGCAUGAUUAGUCUGAAGGUGACAAUUAUUCUUUCUUGAAACUGUGGAGAAUUUUCCUGGAAAUUUGAAAUGCAAAAAAAAAAAAAAAUCAGCCAAGAAGAAGCAGAACAUCAGGGGCUCAUUUAUUUGUAUUUGGUGCAUCCAAUAAUGAAUAUCUGACGAACAUAUGAAAAUCACUGUCAGAGCUAAUACUUGUCAACCAUGUGACGUUCCGUUCCCAACUCAUUCCUUUAUCAACUGUAGCACAUAAAUGAAAAAGAGACACCAGUAUGCCAUUGCAGCAGUACAUGUAAUCAUCUAAAGGAAGUUGUCCCCUUUCAUUGCAUUACUGUUAUAGGACAUCUUUCUGAGGAAGUUGGAGUUUUUUGCUGAAAUUCUAAAUGAUAUACGAGAAAUUUGGGUUGAGACUCUACAUUCUUUUCUUACGCACACAAGUAAAUAUUUUUUCUUCUCGCUUCAUGAAAUGGUCAACCUUUUACUGUUCCACGUUUGAUUCAUUGAUGUCCACAUGCAUCUUAUGGUAUGAAUCUGUUAUGUGGAGUGGUCAAGUUGCAUCAACUUUCCCUAGUUCUAGUCUUUGGUUUUAGAAAUAUUGUCCUAUCAUGCAUUUUUUCAUGUAAAAAUGUGGCAUAAAAGUAAUGUACUCAGCUGUAACCCUUUGAUCAUCAAUAUAUUAUUACUCAGAUUGAGGACCAACACCCUUGUGUGCUUGACACAUGAACUGUCAAUUACAAUCAGGUUGUCAUUUUAGUGGACCGGUUAAGAUUAUUAAAAUGCCUGAAAAAAUAAACAUUCAAGAACUGUUUUUUUUUUUUGCAUGCUUUGUUACUGGCUUACCUAAGAAGCAAAAACUUGGCACUUGGAUGAGAGCUACCCAGAACCAUGAACUUUCAGAAAUUUGACUGAAUUUUCCAAGUAUUUAUGAAGCUUACCUCUAAUUUUGAAGUUAAAAGGCUCUUGCAGCAGCUAGGGCUCAAAUGAUGUUAUUGUUUACUAUAUUGUAACUGAUGUGAAGUUUAGUGCAUGAAUCUUUGUUAUAUUAAAAUCUGGUACGGCGCUUACAUUAAGUCCAAACCAUUGAUUAUUUCCUACUACACCCACAAAAUACUUCCUGCUCAAACAAUUUUUUUUUCUGCCAAAUGAACUUUUCGUGUAACUAUCUUAAGUCCAUACCACUCUUGUUUGCUGGCUAUAUGCUAACCUCUCUCCAACUUGAAUUUUCACUAAUGUAAGUGGUCUAUUGAAAGGAGUUUCUGCUGUUGACAUAUGCCAAAUCAUUUCAAGCAUACUGCUCUUCUAUAAUACUUUUGGAUUGCUCUAGUUUGUUGAUUCAAUAUUUGGGUCUCCUAAUAAAGCUUAUAGCGAUAAGGAUCAUGAGAAUUUGGGUCAUAUAAAAACAUAUUCCCACAAACUUGUUUGUGAUUGCAAAUUUCUUCUCUUGCCUAUUCUUCUAAGUGGGUUUACAUGUUCGUUUGCUCCUGAAUUUAUAGGCUUUGCAUGAACUUAGAUAAAAACAAGGAUUGCAAUUUUGCUUGAUAUGGUACAGUAAAGGCGGUACAUGUUGGUCUAGCCAGCGACUGGCACAUGGACCACUCUGUAUCGGGCAAAACACAGGAGGUGGGGGUGUACCACCUGGUACAUCCCAGAAACUGGAUGAAACGAUCGAAUGGUACACCCCAGAAACUGGAUGAAACGAUCAAAACAUGAUCGUUAUUGACAUUUUUCGGUCGGUAAUAGUUGUAUCUUGACCAAUACACAUCAAGGGUCAGGAUUUGUCAUGGUCCAAUGGUCAAUUUGACUGUUGGACCUCAAUUUUGGCUUGGUUCAAAGGUUUAAAAGCUUCCUUACUCCCCUCUAAAUGACUGUUGGACCUCCUCAACUUUGGUCUAGUUCAAACUUCAAAGGUUUAAAAGCUUCCUCACUCCCCUCUUUCACUCCCUCUCACUCACACAAGUUUCCCCCUCUCUUUCACACUCACUCUUUCGUACUCUCUUAAUUGAGCUUCCUAAUCAUUGAUUAGAGGCUUAGAGCUUCAAUUGGAGGGAUUAAAGUUUUCAAACUUGUCAUUUGGUGGAAGAUCCAUCCUAUAUGUUUCGAUACGUAAUCUAACAUUGCUUGUAUCUUUGUAGAUGAUUCAACAUCGAAGAAACGGAAAACAUGCUACAAAGUUGCUUCUCAACAUCAAGAAAAGAUAAAUUCGCUAUCUAAACCUUAUUUCCACUCUAUUUUUAUUGAAAUCUAAUUUUACUUGCAUUAAAUUUUAUUUAAAAGACUUAAAAAAGGGUUUUCUCUUUUCCAAGUAUUCAAACAUUUUUUAUGGUUGUUUGGGUUUGUCAGUACAUACCGGCAUAUGAUACGUUGGUAAUGACCGGUACAUACCAGUCCAGCUAUUGACCUGCACCACCGGUCGGACCAAGAUGUCAAACCUUGGAUAAAACAGUAAUACAUUGGUUGGUCUAUGGACAUUGUUAAUAACAGAAGCUUGGUGCUUAUGAGCUGAAUGUUCCCUUUGUUUUGGCGCAUGAAUUCUGUCAAAUAUGUUGUGGAAAUAUGCAUUAUUACUUGGGAGCAUGCAAGCUUAAAAUUUAUUCCUUAUGAAAUACAUGAAGGCAAGAGGAGAUCAUCUAUAAUUCCUUGGCAAUGCUGCUUUCAGUGCCAUGUACACAUUGUCUAGGUUUGAGAAGAGAAGUUGACCAAAAACACAAACCACUUGUCCAAACAUGCAUUUGUAGCGUGUGGUUUAAUGGGGCAACUGGCAAGUGGCAUCAUCCGUCAACUUAAGCUUCGCAAAGGCUCUGGGGGGUGGAAUGGAGAUAUGGUGUUCACUGUAAUCUUAUACUUCUGGUGGUUUUUUAUCAUCUUUAAGAGUUGCUAAUUGCCAUGAACUCUGUAUGCAAUUACAAUAUUCUGGAGUGUGGAGUCAGAGACAAAUUCUAUACACUUCCAAGGCAUCAUGCAUCAGGAUCACUAAUUCUCAGUUUGAUUUUGAAACUUGUAAGGACCGUUGCCUUCUCCUCGAGUGCAUCUCAAUCCAGAAUCUUGACAUAAGCAACCACAUAGGCUUUAGAAGAAUCUGAUCGGAAUAACAUAUGCCCCAUUGAGAUCUUGAAGCCUUAGUAUGUGGUUGAUGAAUGUCCUUGGAGGAAUGCCAAGAGGUGAUGUCAGUAUCGAUUUGACAUGCAUUCCUGUACAGUUGAAUGUAGUGUGCCUAAGGUAAUUGCGGAAGGAUAUGGUUGGUAUUGAUGACACUAGGCCUGUCAAAAAGGAAAACCGAGGAAGAUAUCAUGAAUGAAAAGCAUUUACCCAAAGGGGGUGGGUGAUACAUCAGCAUCUACAUUCUCCAAGAAUGAAAAGCAUGGUGGGGAAAACGUCGACAACAACCGAUGGAAAAAGGUCGGUAGGUCGGUCGGUAUGUAUCUCCUUGAUCUGAUUCAAUGAAGUUAUGCUUUAAAUGUUGGGUUGUAACAACCUGCGAAUGCUGCUAGAUUGGUUUCCAUGCUGGUCUUCUGAUUGAAUAAAACUGCAGAUGAAAACAAUGUUAUCCUGAAUGUUUGUUGCAAAAUGCAAUAUGGCUUAUGAAUGAAAGCCUAUAUCAGGUAAGAUUCAGCUUUUUCCAUU